AUGGCGAGAUAUCCUAAGGAAGCCCCAAGUUCGAGGAGCCCGUUGCUUACAGGCUGGAUGAGUGAUGCGGCGUUUCUGAUGCAUCACCCCGGUGGUAUACUAGCUCCGUUAGCUCACUGUGCCCUAUGGCUCAGGGUUUGGGGGUUACCUAAACCAAAAUCUGUUGAGGUUCCGGUUUCCGGAGUACAGCGGUUAUAA